UACCUAAUAAAGAACGCGAGUUUAUAUCCGACGACGGGCGUAGCGAGUAAUCUAUUUAUUAAAAUCCAUCGUUAGCCGAAAGAUUUAUGCAUCGAUCGAUCCGUUAAAUUCAAUUUUGGCGAUAAGGGAUGACGAUCCGGGCAGCAAUGUCGAGGCUGGAGAGUUAUCGCUGAUCCUAAGGACGCAGGACCUUAGGCCGUAGGUCGUCGGACUCGCUUCCACGAUGAGCGCAUCACUACGGAUUUUGGCGUUGAUCGGCUUAGCCGCGCAAAACGUGGCUUGGCCGCAGGAUCCCGUUCCCAGGCUUCACGUCAAGCAUCGCGAGGUGAUCGGACAACGGUUUCUAGGGAAUGAGAGCCACGUGGAACACUUCAAGCUGCUCGAGCGUGCGUCCACUUCCAUCUUGAUUGGCGCCAGAAAUGCCAUUUACAACAUAAGUCUACACGACCUCACGGAGAUCAUCGAUCAGAGGUUCCAAUGGUCCAGCAGCGGGGCACAUAGGGAGCUAUGUAACCUGAAGGGUAGGAGCGACGACGAGUGUCAGAAUUACUUGCGAGUAUUCGGUAGGCAGGGCCCGAAUAAGUUCCUCGUUUGCGGCACGAACGCUUACAAGCCGCUCUGCAGGCAAUUCACGAUCAAGGAUGGCGCGUACACGUUAAAGAGCGAGAUGGAAGCUCUAGGUCUCUGUCCUCACGAUCCAAGGCACAACAGUACCGCCGUCUUCGUCGAGGGACAGCUCUAUGCUGCGACGGUUGCGGACUUCACCGGAGGGGCACCUCUUAUCCUUAGGGAGAAGAUCCGAACGGAACGAUCCGAUUUGAAUCAAUUGAAUGGACCAAAUUUUGUCAGCUCGUUCGCCUACGAGGAUUACGUGUUCUUCUUCUAUCGGGAAACCGCGGUCGAGUAUAUGAACUGUGGCAAGGCGGUCUACUCGCGGGUCGGUAGAGUCUGCCAGCACGACAAAGGCGGUCCUCAUGCGUUCAGCGACAGAUGGACGAGCUUCCUGAAAGCUAGACUCAACUGUUCUGUACCUGGCGAAUAUCCAUUCUAUUUCAACGAAAUACAAUCAACGAGUGACGUAACCGAAGGAUUUUACGCUGGUAAUCGUACACGAUUGGUAUAUGGUGUCUUCACAACUCCUGUUAAUUCCAUCGGUGGUUCAGCGAUCUGCGCUUUCUCCAUGAACAGUGUUCUCGAAGUCUUCCAGGGUGCGUUCAAGGAGCAGGAAACGAUAAACAGCAAUUGGUUGAGAGUACCGGCUGAAAGGGUGCCUAAACCAAGACCCGGUGCUUGCGUUAACGACUCUAGAACACUUCCAGAUAUGACCGUCAAUUUUGUUAAGGCUCAUCCGCUCAUGGACGACGCUGUCCAAUCCUAUUUCGCAAUGCCUGUGAUAACCAAAGUCAGUUUCAAUUACAGAUUUACCAAAGUCGCCGUAGAUUCUCAAGUGAAGGCGUUAGACGGCAAGGCCUACGAUAUACUUUACGUUGGAACAGACGACGGUCGCGUGUUGAAGGCAUUGAACACCCGUUCCCCGGAUUCUGUUACCGACGUUAAUCAGGUCAUUGUUAGCGACGUCCAAGUGCUGAAAUACGGACAAGCUGUGAAAGAUCUAUUAGUGGUACAUCUAGCAGGUGAAGCAAGUAAAUUGGUGGUCUUUGCCGAUUCGGAGAUACGUGCAGUACCAUUACAUCAUUGUGACUCCCUAUUAGCAGGCAGUUGUGCGGCCUGUGUUGCUUUACAAGAUCCACAUUGCGCCUGGGAUGCUACGACAAAUCUUUGCGUCGCAGUUCCAACAAAACUACACGAUAGCGAUGCCGACAAGACGCUCUUCCAAGAUAUCCUUACGGGAAAGCAUAAAGGCUGUGGUUACGAACAAGAAAUGGCGAAACCCGUGCAACCAGCCGUACCGCCCGAAAUCGGGCGCGGAGAACAACCCGACGAACGAGACAAUGAAAUUGUCAUCGAACUGGACCGAGAAAAUCAGUACGGUCGUACGCAGCCAAGAGCUAACGAACCUCAAGGCGUCAUAGUGACACCAGUGGUAUACUCGGCACAAACAUUAACCGGUGCCCUGAUAGGAACCUGUCUUUUCUCAUUGGUCGCUGGUUUCGCAUCCGGUUUCUGGUUUUCCCAAAGACUACGUGGUACUCCUUAUCCAGAACCAUCUGAACAACGUCAACAAUUGAACCGUUUAACAGAGAGUUCGGAAUCACCUGGUUUCAACAACAAAUCCAUCAAUCUCGUUCUGAACGUACCACCGAAAAAUCCAAACGGUAAAAACGCGAAUUCAUCGGCGGAGAAUAAGCCGGUGCAGAAGGUGAAGAAAACGUACAUAUGAUACAGAAGGCGACAAAGAGCCGUUUGAGGCUUAUCAU